AUGAACCAGCACAUCAUCCGCCACUCCCUCAACCUGCGCAGCUGCCACACGCGGCACAUGGACGAGGUUGAAGCGGCGAUGCACAUCGUGCGCCCCGGCCCGGGCGCCAAGCGGUGGAGCGCCGAGUUCGACCGGCUCAUGGUGCCGCGGAUGAAGGACGCACUGCAGGGAAGAUUCAGGGAGCUGGGGAAGGCGGGGGUGUGGCGGUACGAUGAGGACGGCGAGGUGGUGUAUGAGGAGUGGGCGAAGGCGUUUGUGAAGGAGGAGUGGGAUGGGGUCAGUUUUGCAAAGGAGGAUGCGGAGCGGUUGUUGGCGCUGGAUGAGAAAGAGGUUGAGAAUGAGAGUGAGAGUAAGAGUGCGAGUGCGAGUGCGAGUGAGAGUGAGAAUGGAGAUGAUGAGGAUGAGGAUGAGAGAGGCACAGUGCGCCCGGAGGACUCGGUCUCGAAUGUUUUCAUCCUCACCCCACCGCCUACCCCGAUCCGAUCGCGAGUUGCGCACCGCGCGCAGCUGCCUCCCGUCGCAGAGGAGGAAGAGGAGGAGGAGCAGGAUGACGCUGCCGCGGAGCUUGACGCCCUUGCCGCCGAGUUCGACGCCCUCUCAUUCGCCGAACUCCGCAACCUUAUGCUCGAAGCAGCCGGCAACUUGUUCGAUUUCAAGGUGCACCUCGACUUCCUCGAGCAUGGCAUCGCGCACGCCGGCGCAGAAGAGCGGGCGGAGGCGGAGGCGAUGCGCGACCGGUGCUUGGAGGAGCUGCAGGUGCUAGAGGGCGCGCUGGACCGUGCCGCGGUGCGGGAGAUGGGAAUCCGGGAGGUGGGCGAGGCGAAGGCGCCGCCGAUGGGUGCGAUUUGGGAGCGGCUGCUUGGAGGGGUGGUGCGUGAUGCAGCUUGA